CGGCUCUGGACUGAGACCCCGUGGUGAUGUUUAUUUGCUUAAAGUAGUUUAACCCACUUCAAUGAAUUAAAACAUUUACGUCUCAAGUUGUCCAUGCUCGGUUACAUCUUGCAUUCAGAACAGUUUAUGGUGCGAUGAAGUUAUGGUGUGUAGAGUAGAAAGUGACAAAACUUUUAACUGCGGGGCUACUCUGUAUUCAUAUUGGAGAAGUUCCUGCUCUUACAGGGUUCGAAUUGCCCUGAGCCUCAAAGGGAUUCCGUACGAGGUGAAACCGGUCAACAUUUGGAAGAAAGAUGAGCAUCUGACCCCGGAAUAUCGUGCGAUAAAUCCCAUGCAACAAGUGCCUGCUCUCCGGAUAGACGGUCGCACGUUGAUCGACUCCAUCAGUAUCAUGCACUAUUUAGAGGAAACAAGACCAGAGCAACCACUUUUGCCUUCAGAUCCCGCAGAUAGAGCAAAGGUUCGUGAAAUAGUUAGUGUAAUUGCAAGCGGUAUUCAGCCAUUACAAAACGUUGGAAUCCUUCAACUUUUACCCGAGGAAGAAAGAGUGCAGUGGGCUCAAAGAGUCAUUAAUAAAGGUUUUACAGCUUUGGAAAAACUCCUAGCCAAUUCUGCAGGGAAGUACUGCUUCGGAGAUAACAUUUCAAUCGCUGACUGCUGUUUAAUUCCUCAAGUCUACAAUGCUCGCAGGUUUAAAGUGGACGUAGAGACAUAUCCAGCGAUUGCAAGAAUUGACAAGGAUCUCCUCAGUCACCCAGCGUUCAAAGAAGCCCACCCUGACAACCAGCCUGACGCUGUCAAAGAUGCUAAAUAAAAGGCUUCAACACUUCGGCGAUACCAAAGCCACCCUAACCUACGGAGUGUCAAUGGACCACUAGACAAGGUGCGAAUUUAAGCAUUCUGAUACGUGUAUCUGAACCAAAA